AUGCCACCAUCUUUCAAAUUCUGUCCCGAAUUCAACUUUCCUGAUGGCAAGUUCAUCGUUGUAUCACAAGGCUGGGGAUUUCGCGUCAAUCGAGAGGUCAUUUUCGAUGGCGAUUACGGUCGAGGCCUUGUAAAUGCAAUGGUCCUUUUGACUGAAGAUGGCUCGGCCACGGGUUCGUCUGAUGGAAAGCAACGCUCGAGCCAGGUGCCGGACGAUUGUGUGCUGAUCGAGCUAGAUAUCGAGGCAGACGACACCCGUCGCUUUUUUCGGACAGUCUACCAUGGAAGCUUGCUGUGGGCGCCAAAGCCAAAGGACUUUGCUACUGUCGCAUCCAUAGUUCGAUUCGCGCAUUACCUUAAGGUCCAAGGUCUGCUCACAGCUGCCCUCGAAAGGAUCUGCCGCCGCUUCCCCAAUACGCUGGAGAGAUGGAAGAAGAACAAUAGCCCCGGCGCUCGCGUGCUCACGAUGGAGCCUGGAGAUGCUGUCACAGCAAUCAAACUUGCCCAUAUGACGGGUACCAUGACCAUUCUCCCCACGGCACUUUAUUGGUGCUGCAUGCUUGACACUUCAAAGCUCUUGAGAUUCUCGUGGGAUGAUGUACUCACGAAGAAGUCAUAUGGGUCAUAUAUCGGGGUGAUCUCUUCUGCGCAGGUUCGUCUCGCAUUCAAGGUCAAAAACGUGCACACAGAUGCGCUCAAAGGCAUCAGCUCCACGUGCGAAACUGUAUCGCUAUGCACAUGUGAACUGGACAGGCUGAGGAGCAAAUAUGUCCAGGAAGCGUCAUUGGUGUGCCUUAACAUUAUUGACACUCUCACUCAAAUCUACGAAGACAUCAAUGUGCGGAAGCCUUCGUACAGUGGUUUCUGCGACAUAUGUGCACCGCACAUACAGCACAACAUCAUCGCGCUGCAGGACCCUUAUUACUUCCUGCAAUACAGCACCUCAGACUCCUCCGAGCCCACGCUCGUACCUUCCUUCCUCUCUCUCGACGUCGACGGGCGCGUGAUGCGCGUCGAUUCCUUUUCCAAGAUCAUCGCACCGAGCAUGCGCCUUGGAUGGAUCACGUCCUCACCCUUCUUCCACCGACACCUGGUCAUCCUCACCGACUCGAGCACACAGCACCCGCACGCGUUCGGCCAGAUGUUCGUCACGGAGUUGCUCGGUCCGCAUGGGUGGACGCUCGAAGGUUUCGGGCGCUGGGUGAGCUCGCUCCGCGCGGAGUAUCAGCGCCGGCGCGAUUACUUCCUAGAGCUAUUCGAGCGGGAGGUCGUACGCGCCGCGCCGGGGCUCGCGACGCCCGGGCGGCCACAAGCGGGCAUGUUCGUCAUCAGUGUCGAGCGGCAUCCGCGCUAUCGAGUGUCGGGGACGAGCAAGCGCAGCGUGCCGAGGACCAACUGCAAAGAGCUGAUGGAGGAGCUGUUCGAGAGCUGUCUUGAUGGCGGGCUCGUGGUCAUGCCUGCCUGGGUGUUCGCGUUGCCGUACGACCCGCAGCUGAACCAUGUCGAGGACCCGAUCGAGGAUCGCAUGAACUACUUCCGGCUGACGUUUGCGGGAACCGAGGAGGCGAUGCAGCAGGGGUUGUCGAUCUUGGGGCGGACGCUGAAGGAGUUCUUCGCGGAUGAGCCUGUCAAGGCGUAG